GCCGAUGGAUCAGAUUAACGGGGGCAGGAACGCAAUAUAAUGAUACCAUACAAGAAGAACUGACAUAGUGUGACUCCUCCUCAUUACUAGAUGAGACGUAAUGGUGAAGGUCCAGCUGAGUGUAAUAAGGCAUCAGGUGGGGCGGUGUUGGUGUGAUGGGGGAGGGGUAUAAAGCUCAGCUCCCUCCACCCUCUCCUCAUGUGACUUGUCCUGUAGUCAGGAUGGAGCUGUGGAUCAGGUGGAGUUGUCUCUUAGUGGUUCUGCUCUAUGGAUCAGGCUUUAGCAGUGCCUUGGGUAGACACCGGCGCCAGUCCAACACUUGGAGAAGUAACCAGCCUGAAUGGGGAUCUCCUAGAAGACUUGGACAAUCUGCCUCUGGAUUAGGUUCUUCUAGAUCAAACCCUUGGUCUCAGACUGGUUCAGUCUCUGGGUUUGGGUCUCCAAGAGGUGUUCAGUCUGUGUACGGAUGGGGCUCCAGGAGUCUUGGCGCAGACUACCAGUCCCGACAGCUUCCACCACAAUCCUCCUCCUCCUCCUCCCCUAUCAGUGUGCAGUGUAAUGAGGACAGCAUGGUGGUGACUGUGAAGAGAGACUUCUAUGGGAAUGGGAAGCUGGUGAAGCCCUCAGACCUGUCCUUGGGAUCCUGUCUCCCUGGAGCUCAGACUACUGGUCCCAAUGUGAUCUUUCAAAGUAGUCUCCAAGACUGUGGGAGCAACUUAAUGAUGACUCCAGAAUGGCUGAUCUACAGCAUCACCCUCAGCUACACGCCCACCUCCUCUAGCAACGUGCCAAUCACCAGGUUCAACUCUGCUUCUGUUCCCAUCCGGUGUUACUACCCAAGACACGGUAAUGUGAGCAGUAAUGCCAUCAAGCCAACAUGGAUUCCAUUCAGCACCACUGUGACCUCAGAAGAGCGGCUGGCCUUCUCCUUGCGUCUCAUGACUGCGGACUGGAGCGCUCCCAGUCUAUCCCUGGUCUUCCAGCUUGGUGACAUGUUCUACAUAGAAGCCUCUCUGGAGACCCAGAACCAUGCCCCAAUGAUCCUGUUUGUGGACAGUUGUGUGGCCACCAUUACCCCAGAUGUGGCCUCCACUCCUCGCUAUGAGAUCAUCUCGAACUAUGGGUGCUUGGUGGAUGGGACGGAAGAAGAUUCCUCUUCAGUCUUUGUUUCUCCAAGACCCCAAGCAGACAAGCUUCGCUUCAUGGUGGAUGCCUUCAGGUUCACCAAUAAUGCUGCCUCUCUGAUCUAUAUUACCUGUUCCCUGAGAGCUGCUGCAAUCAACCAGACCCCUGACCCAGUGAACAAGGCCUGCUCCUACAACAAGGCAUCUAACAGUUGGUCACCGGUGGAAGGACAAAGUGGGAUCUGCCAAUGCUGCACCACCGGGAACUGUGCUACUGCUGCAGGCCAGAGGACGGCAUGGGGCUCAUCGUUAAGGAGAUCAAGAAUUGGGAAGAGAGAUGUUGAUUCUUAUCUUGAGGAACAUGUCCUGGCCACACUGGGUCCUCUUCUGGUGACUGGAGCUGAACCUAACCAGAUGUCCAGAGCAGGAACCGCCCAAGCUUCAAGGAUGAGUGCAGGACAUGGACCUCUACAGCUGUGGGUGCUGCUGGCCAUCGGAUCUGUCACUUCAGUGUUGGUUGCAGUCACUCUUACUAUGGUUGGCAAACUUAGUCUGAAAAGAUUUAUUGCUUAA